AUGAGGCUCCCAACGCGUCAUAGCCUUGCGACAAGUUUGCUGGACACAGUGUACAUCAUGGAGAAGAAAAAGCUGGCGCUGCUAUUCAGCCGUCAGACAUUCUUAGUAGUGAUCACGGACGGUCUUCUGGAACUACUCGAGCAGAAGCUCACACUGGUAAUUUCAUGGACGUCCGAUAUUUCAAAGAUUAUUGCAGAAGUUGAUCGUGUUGCUGGUAUUGGAAAGAUUUCAGCUGUGGUAUCUGACAACGCCGCUAACAUGAAGAAAGCAGGGCGCCUAGUUGAAGCGGAACAUCCGAACGUGGUUUUCAAUGAGUGCUCAGCUCAUGCUAUGUGCAGCGGGGCUGCCGUAGCUUAG